CUUCUAGGAAUGAGAAUGAAGAAGGAGCGAGAGGAAUUUGCGUCGUUAUACAUUCGUGACGGGCGACAAGAAUGGCAUGACCUGUUCAUUUUUUUUCGUCCACUUAGUGCUGGUGUCUUAAACAGAUAUUAUUAAGGAAAGAGAGAGGAUAUGAAGUAGUAGGGAAGGCCGAAGAGAAAACGGGAAGCUCUAUGAGAUCGAGAGAGAGAGAAUGUUUGCAUUCCCUACCCAUUGAGGUUUUUCUUUUAACAUUUUCUCUGACUUUUUCUCUUUUCUAAUGCUGCAACAACUUUCGUAUCUUUACGUUUCGCUAUUCUUCUCUUAUUAAAAAAGAAAUGAAACACAAAUGAAAUUACAUACAGGUAAAGGAAGAUGUGCCGAUUGGAACGAUGGAUCAUUCACGCGGGAAAUCAUCGGACGUGUUUCAGUUUCGGCAUCAUCUUGGUUGUCAUUCAUCUGGUUCUGGUUGCCGAACGGGUCUAUCGGUACAGGCAUUCAGGUGCGUGGAUUGUAAUUGCCAGGUCUUCAGGUCAGUGUCUUCAUUUUGAUUGUGCACUCGUCCUUUUGCUGACGCUACGGAGAUGCUUCACCUGGCUGCGCUCGAAAGGAAUGGACUGGCUUCUACCGCUUGACCGGCACAUCUACUUCCAUAAAAUGAUCGGAUGGCUCAUCUGUGUUUUCAGUGUGGUCCAUACGGUGGCUCACAUCAUCAACUACGGAAUCAUGAGUCGAGGAAACGCAGCCAAAAUGAAGGAUUACCUUUUCGACAAGACCGCUGGUUGGAUUCCCGGAAUAGUAACACCCAGUGGUUUCGCAAUUUUGUUUCUCCUAUUCAUCAUGGGUCUCUUUUCUCACCGUUUGGUCCGGAAGUCGGGUCGUUUUGAGUUAUUCUACUGGACCCACAUGUUGUGCCUUCCUUUCUUCUUGUUGAUGAUUCUACAUGCUGGCAACGUUUGGAAGUGGCUUAUUGUACCUCUGUGCCUCUUCGGUGCCGAAAUCGGAUACCGCAUCGGGUUUAUUUGUUGUUCAGAACGCGGUAGGACUCAAGUCACCUCUUUACAACUCUUACCCAACCAGGUGGUGCGGCUAAAAAUUGAACGUCCACCAGAUUUCGAGUUUCACGCCGGAGAUUACGUUUACGUCAACAUUCCUCAAGUGGCCAGGUUUGAAUGGCAUCCGUUCACAAUCAGCAGUGCCCCCGAACAUGAAGAUUACAUGACGCUUCAUGUGAGAGUCGCGGGUGGAUGGACGGGACGGCUAUAUUCAAUGUGUCAAGAAGACGCCGAACGGCUAGAGCGGAAACAAUCCAGACAUCGAAUUGUUCAGCAACAGAUCUCUGAUAAAUUAAGUCCAUUCCAGUCCAUGCCGAUGCACUUGGAGAAGUCAGUUGCCGUAACGGGCCAGGAUAAUCCGGCUUUCCAUGAACAGGAAUCUACCUCAUUGCCAGUAAUCAGUAGUGAAGUGGCCAUAAGCAUCGUCUCUACAACCGAAAAUAUCAGAAAUACUUUCAAGGAUUUGUUACCAACAGAAAUGCCAAUCAUGUUGGAUGGCCCAUACAGUGGCUCGGCAAUGCGCGCAUGGAAUUGUCGUCACGCCCUUUUUAUUGCCGGCGGAAUAGGCGUAACGCCGUUUGCUUCCCUUCUCCAAUCUUUGGUAAGCAGAUACCAGAGCGCGAUGAAUGAAUGCCCCCAUUGCCAUCAAUCCUGUUGCACGAAUGUCCCCAGUUCCCUGGGUAAACUACGUCAUGUGGACUUCAUGUGGGUGAAUAGAGAUCUCCUCAGCUUCCAGUGGUUCCUGGAGCUUCUGCUGGAUUUGGAUAAAGAACAGUCCGUCAGAGGCAGCGUAAUGGAGAAUUUCCUCGACAUCCAGCUGUUUCAGACGGGCACUAAAACGAUGCCCGAUCCCCAUGAGCCAUGUGCCAGUUGCCGCGAAUCUCUAGCAGUUACUCCGCAGAUACAAACAGACCUUCUCGAUGCCAACGCGAUCGUUCCAUCAGCACCGGCCUCUCAGGUGACUGGUAGAUGCCCUUAUUGCACAAUCCGACAAGUGAAACACUUACUCAACUACGGUCGGCCUAUUUGGGAUGAGGUAUUCAGAGACGUGGCUCUACGCAGUGGUGGCCAAGUGACCGUUUUCUAUUGUGGACCGGCUUCUAUGGCCCGCGUGGUUAUGGCGCAAUGCAAAAAAUUCGGCUUCACUUUCACCAAAGAAAUUUCCUGAACGCAAAUA